AUGCACAGCAUCCGUGUGGAAACACCCAUCAGAAACACACUUGUCAUUUCGGGUUCCCCACAAGAUUCGUCUUCAGGGAGUUUACUGGAAGGCCAUGUGGUAUUUGCGUUAUCCAAACCUACGUUAAUUUCGUGUGUUAAACUUACGCUGUUGGGGACACUAAACAUCGACUUUGUAGAGAGCUACAGGACAUCUACAGGACAAAUUCUUUCGACAUGUCCCUACACUUCAUCAACCACAGUAUACAGUCAUUUCUGGACCAAUCUUCUCACUUCACCAAUCGGAUCGGAUGAAGAUUUUGACGAUGCGACCAAUAACAUCCACGGCCAACAACGUGCAACGACUUGUCCGCUACCUAAUUUCAAUAAUUUACAGACCUACCACUACACAAAUGAUAUCCCACUUGGGGUAACUCCAUUUUCUAAAGACUCCACGUUGACGUCACUGUCAUCCGAUUCGGUCUUUGAGCUUCCGGCCGGUAAUUAUAGCCUACCAUUCAAGGUAACCAUACCACAGGGCACGCCGGAAUCAUUAGAGUCUCUAAAACCGGCAAACAUUGUAUACAUGUUACAAUCUUCCAUUGUCCCCUAUAAUGAUAUACCGCUGAAAACUAGCAAAUAUUUACGUAUAAUUCGUUCAUUGUCCACCUUGGAAUUGGUUAGAAAUGAGGAAUUUCUUGCUGAAAAUUCAUGGCCAGGUAAACUGCAAUACAAGAUACGUAUACCAAGGAAAGGAGUCUCGCUUGGCUCGACGUUGAAGGUCAACAUCCUUGUAAUACCCAUCACCAAAGGUCUGAAACUAGGUAAAAUAUCGUUUCAAGUUGUUCAAUAUCUAAAGAUGAAAAUCGAUAGAGAUAUAAACGAGGAGAAAGUCGUGUAUCACCAGAGCAUGCCUCCGAUUCCACAGUACCAAUUGUCUAACGAUAUUUGGGCGUUAGAGGCCAAAUUGCCAUUACCGAAAAGUAUCACGAAAAUCUCGCCGGAUUUUGGAUGCAAAACCAUAUCUAUUAAACAUAGGUUAUUGUUGUUUAUCAACUUGGUUAACCCAGAUGGUCAUGUAUCUCAGAUCAAGUCAAAAAUCCCCUUAUCCUUCCAUAUCGAUCCUGAUAUACCCAUCUUUGCGAAAACCCCCCGUAUCGAUAACGAGGGUAAUGUGGAAUUCAUGAAAGAGAAAACACUGCUUUUCGCAGACGCUGGAGAAGCGCCCUUAAUGGACCAAGAGCCAGAGCUGUUUAUAUGUCCAAUAGAUGAUAUGAAUCCAGAAUCUUUUCUAUUCAAUGACGACCCGUAUUCAUUGGCGCAUGACCAAAGGAAAGAUGUUCCUCCUACAUACACAGAUUCACUAAAGGAUAUGAUUUUCGAUCCCAAAUCACCCACCAGCAGCCCCCAUCCCUCAAGUACAUCGUUAAUGGAGUUGGGGUUGACCGAAGAGGCCCCUCAAUAUGGUUCCGUAUUUGACGAUGACUCCUCCGUUGGAGAACCAACCCCUAUAUAUGUCCCGAAGGACACAUCGAGAAGCCUACCUGCUUCAAGGUCCUCCACUCCAAUCCAGAUUGCAAAAUCAAACAGCUUAUUACAUCUGUCAAGACUAAGUCACGGAUAUGGAUCAUUUAGAAGUAAGUUAAGUAUGCACCAGAACAGAUCAGAUAUAGACAGUCAGGAAAUGCUUGAUGUAUAG